AAAAUAAAGGAGGUAUACGAUGAGCUCCCCUCCGGGCACCAAGGCACGGCUGGGGACGCUCCUUCCAGCAGGAGCAAGGCCGUUACCGGCCCACCGGAAAAGAUGCCCCUUAUCAGCAGCUUCAAACAGCGGGAUGCAUCUCAAACUCCGGUCAAGAAAACUAUCAGGUUCAACUUCCAAAACCUGAACACUUUCGUCAAAAUUCGUGAGCUGUACUGUGCCUACGACUACUGCAAGUAUGGCUUCCCUCUCUCCAGCAUUCGUCCUGAGCUGGAAAGGCGAAAGGAGAGAACAGUGAAGCCACAGAAAGGGUCAGCAAAGGACGCGGUAAAGAAACACAACGCACUACACCAGCAAACAGUUGGAGCAGCUCGCUGUGCACAAAUGAAUACCACUACUGAAGGGAAGUCUCCUAAAGGUAUCCUGAAGAAAGAAAAGAUGCCACGGUCCACCUGUCCAGGACAUGUGCGCUUCAACCUUGGUGACCUCCGCGCCCCCGUUAAGGAACGUGAGGUGUACCGUGGCCACGACACCUUCAGAUACGCCGCGCCGCUCCAAGUCACUCAGCCUCCCAACUUUACCUCAAGGCCUCACCAGCAGCCCGUUAGAUCCGCCUCUAACUCGCUGCGUGGCGCACCUCGGCACCUCGAGAGGUAA